AUGGCCAACAUAUCUCCCCAAACUGUAGACGAGAGAAUUAGCAAGUUCGGCAAACUAUGGAUGAUCGAUGACCUUAUCCGCGAGCGAGGAAAAGACGACGAGCAAGUUCCGAUUCUUGGGUAUCCCCGGUACGACCAUAGUGCUGCUGAAUAUGAGUACUUCACGGGCAAAGAUCUCGAUCGUAUGGUUGAUGGUGCCUGUCGAGCUCUGGUACAAUCUGGCAUUGGAGUAAACUCGAGAAAGACAGUUGCACUUUUUGCACCUUCGGACUUGUCUUUCGCCAUCAUAUUUUUCGCCCUGUUCCGCUUGGGAUAUAAGGUCCUGGCUUUGUCGAUUCGCCUGAAUCCGCCAGCAUGUCUCCAUCUACUCCACCAAGCUGGGUGCGACACUAUACUUUACGGAACGACUGCUCGCAUUGAUUCGGUUAUGGCUGACAUUAGGGAGGCCCGUCAGGACCUCAUGUUCAUCCCAAUGCUAGCUAGGGCAGAUUUCGACAGGCACGAAGCUUCUCCGGAGCCUUUUUUGCGUGAUAUCCCUAUCAAAGAGAUGGAACACGUCCAGGCGACACUAAUGAUGCAUUCAUCUGGAUCUACUGGCCUUCCCAAGCUAUUGUUUCUAUCUCAUCGGAGUCUUUUGGCAUCUGUGGUCUCAGGAACUGGUCUCAAGGCGUUCAACCCCUUGCCCUGGCAUCACCUACAUGGUCUGAUAACUUCCAUACAAGCCAUGUGGAUGCGUAAGACGGCUCACUUGUUUAAUGCGCACUUGCCGUUAACGGCAGAUAAUCUGAUUUCAGCUCUCAAGUCGGUUCAGCCCGAGAUUUGUCAUACGGUCCCCUAUACGCUGAAGUUAAUAGCAGAGAGACAGGACGGAGUAGAUGUCCUGAAGAGGUGCAAGUUUGUGACAUCAGCCGGGGCUAGGACUCCGGACGAACUUGGAAAUCGAGUAAUCGAGCAGGGUGUAAAGCUUGGAACUGAAGUCGGCCAUAUGGGUGGUUCCAUCCAUCGUGAACCCGGCGAUGAUUCUUGGAAUUAUAUCCGGCCAUACGCUAACUUGCGCGAGCACAUGGCCUUCAAGAAGUUCGACGAUAGUACAUACGAGAUUAUAUACCUGAAUACUCAUCCUGCACUUAUGACUACUAAUGCGGAUGACCCGCCUGGCUCUUUUCAUUCAGGUGACCUCUUCGUCCCUCACCCUACGAUGGAUUGGGCCUGGAAGUACGUUGCCCGUGCCGAUGAUAGGGUGACGCUUCUGAGCGGAGAAAAGAUUCUUCCAUUGGGCAUGGAGGGCACUGUUCGCGAGAGUCCACUUGUGAGAGAUGCCCUAAUGGUUGGUAAUGAUCGUCUCGUGCCUGGCCUUUUGGUGUUUCGCUCUAUGGCCGCCGCUGGUUUAUCAGACAAUGAGGUUAUCGAGGCCAUUCGACCCUAUGUAGAUAGAGCGAACAAUAUCGCCGACGAGUUUGCGCGUAUCACUCCCGACAUGAUAGUUCCGCUCGCUGCUAAUGUUGAAUAUCCCGUUACCGACAAAAAUAAUAUCAUCCGUGCUGCCGCAUACGCUCGUUUCGAAAAUGUAAUCGAGGACCUAUACACAGGAGACAAGGAUACCACCAAUGGGCAGGAGCGCAAAAACCUAGCGCUCGAUAUUGGGCAACUUGAACAGUUCAUACUAGGACUCAUCCGCGAGCAAGCAGGCAUCGAAGUACCAGACAUCGAAACCGAUCUCUUUGGCGCGGGAAUAGAUAGUUUACGUGCUGCUCAGAUACGCAGAUUAUUGCAACGAGACCUUGACCUUGGCGGACAUUCACUACGUACUAACAUCGUCUACGAUGCAGGGUCUGUAGCAAGCCUCGCCCGGCUCCUCUAUGCAAUGCGCACCGGCGAGGAACUUGAGAAUACACGUCUAAGUGACGAUGAUGAAAUAGUGAAGAUGCAGAGGAUCAUUGCCGACUAUAGUAAAUUUCAAAUGUGGUCACCAGGGAGUCUGUCGGCACCUGAAAGAGAUAUUGUGAUUCUCACGGGUGCGACCGGCAGCCUCGGCGCGCACUUACUCAACCAACUCCUCGACGACCCUAAGGUAGAGCGUGUCGUUUGCCUUGUACGGGGUAGCGGCGCCUUGGCUCGUAUCGCCGAGUCCAUGAAGAUUCGGAAACAUGACGCACGUGUGAGCAGCAACAAGAAGCUGACAGCUCUGACAACAAACAACCUAGGCGCCCUAAAUCUUGGCCUCCCGCCAGAAAGCUACUCAGACCUGCAGCAGUCGGCAACCCUUAUCAUCCACGCAGCAUGGCCGGUAAACUUCAACGUGUCUCUCACGAGCAUGAUCCCUCACAUAGCUGGACUGCAUAAUCUCCUGAAGUUGUCAUUAAGAGUUCCAUUCAGCCGUCCCGCGCGUCUCCUAUUCGCAAGCAGUAUCUCGACCGCGUUCCAAAUGCCCACGCCCGCCAACGUACCCGAAGGGCCCUUGUCAUCUCUCAGCUUCGCAGCGCCGACAGGGUAUUCGCGCUCAAAGCUCAUAGGCGAGCGUAUCUGUGCGGCCGCCGCAGCGUGCGGGGGUGCGGUUGGCGUCUUACGCAUAGGCCAAAUUUCAGCCGACACUGUCAACGGAAUCUGGAACGAUAAAGAGGCUAUCCCGAUCCUAGUCCGGAGUGCGACAGAGGUCCAUGUGCUACCUCGUCUCGAGGGAGACCACGACAUUUGUGAUUCGAUGCCGGUGGACACGGUGGCUCAUGCGUGUCUGCAGCUUGCCGAGAAGCUCGAUACAAACACGAACAAACCGUCAUUCUAUAAUAUUAAACCACCGCAUAAGUUUUCCUGGAACGAAGGUUUCUUGCCGGCAUUGCGGAAGGCAGGUUUGCAAUUCGAGGAUGUUGAUCUCGGAGAGUGGCUAGCGAAGUUGCGCUUUCGAGCUGCGGAUCUAGGGCCGGCUGCUGAAGUAAAACUGCCUGCGGUUAAGCUCGCGGACUACUACGAAGACACGUAUAGCGGCUUGGGUGUUGGCUUAGGUCCUGGGUUGGAAUUUGAUAUACAGAAGGCUUGUUGUGAUAAUAGUGCUCUCCGCCUGUGUCCAAAUGUCUUAGACGCCGAUCUUGUGCCAAAGAUGUUGUGGCAUUGGUUGGGCGGCACUACUACAAAUAAACAACAGUGA